CUUAGCGUGUGACGUAUAAUGUAUGAGCCGGGAUUAGUUCGCCAAUAGUUCCCGGCGCACUCCUGUAUUUUAAUACGUUCAAUACGAGCGUUUUAUGGACAUCGUUUAUGUUAAGAAACCGAAUAGUAAUGGCGUACAUGCAGAUAUUAAAAAUCCUGCAUCGAAAUUUAAAGCCAACCGCGACGCAGACGUGCAGAUUGACAUCGGGCAAUUUGUUCCCACAUACGCACAGAGCAGAAUCAGCCUAUUCGAGUGUGACCUUCCACGGGAGGCUCGAACCUUUUGCGUGUAGCUGUCACGCUCUGUGCUGUAUUCUGCAAUCGCGCAGAGGUAUUACUCUUGGCUUCAGAGCGAGAAAUAAAAACGAGGACCGAGACGAUGGACACAAGUCGCUCUACAAAUACCAGAGUGGCAGCUCAAAGCUAUCAGCUACACGCAAAGUGAAAAAGGCUGGCCGAGAUUUCACCUAUUUGAUUGUUGUUCUCAUCGGGCUUGGGGUGACAGGUGGUCUUCUGUACGUGGUCUUCCAAGAACUAUUUUCUUCCUCCAGUCCAAAUAAAGUCUAUGGAAAAGCAUUCAACAAAGUCAGAUUAGACCCAGAGGUCAUUGGUGCAUUCGGAGAACCAAUCAAGUGUUAUGGUGAGACAACUCGUCGGAGAAGAAGGCAACAGAUCAGUCAUAUGGAGUAUCUGAAGGAUGGACUCAAGCACAUGAGACUCAAGUUUUACAUUGAGGGAUCCGAACCGGGGCUUAAAGGCACAGUGCACUCUGAGUCAAAAGAGAAUCCUGAAACUGGAAAAUAUGAGUUUCGCUACAUAUUUGUGGAUGUAGACACAUACCCAAGGCGGACCAUCAUUGUAGAAGAUAACAGAUAAAAACAAAAUCAAACAACAAAAUGACUGCACGAUUUAGUGAAGCUAUUUGACUGGCUUACAAUUGAUCGUGUCUUUGUGUAUUUUGUAUGUGAUAAAAAUGUGAAAACAGCUGAGGAUACAGAGCUGAUAUUGCUUUACUGAUUAAAAGUGUUUGCAUCAAACAUCAACAAUUACAUGAUUUCAACUUAGGGAAAAGCAAUAUCUUUCUUUUGGGGGUACACUUUUUCGACGUCAACAAAGCCUUAGAUUGUUUUUUUUCGCAAUAAUGGCCACAGAACAGCGACAAAGCGUCGACUAAAAACUUGAUCGUCUGCUAUAAUUGUAAAGGCUUAAAUCGGUGUUCUUAAUCGAUUACUCUAGUGCAAUUCCGUCCAAAUCAUUGUUGUAAUUUAAUUGACGUUUUAUGCCAUUUAUUAUUGGCAUCUGUACAUUAUUUGUUUAUCCGUCGAUCAUACGUGGCAUUCUGAGACCCUCGUGAAUGUUAGAACUACUCUUGAGAUCAUGCUUGAGAAAGUCUUUCCGCCUCCCGUGAUUCUAUCGCCACGGCGUGAGUUUGAGCAAUUAUUACUGACAAAACACAAGUUAUUUGUAAAUAUAGAAGAAAAGGGCGAGUUUGUUUUCAUCUUAAGACCUAAUUAUUCACAUGUAUGACGGUGGUUGAAUCCAGCAAUUUCUAAUUAUCUCUGAAGGCAACAAAUGAAACCCCGCCCACUGGAGUGGGAGAUGUCGAAAGUCGUCACUGGGAUGUGCUGGGUUAACACAAUGCUAAACCAAACUACGAGAUGUGUUACAUUUUUCCUGUUAUUCUAAGUCAUACAUAUUUUACCGAGUAAGUACCAAGUGCUUUCGCCGAAUCACAUUGGAAACGCUUGCAUAUUAGAUAGUUUCCAGGUGUUUUUUUCUGUGGAAUGGUUUGGUAAACGGAAGCGGUUUUCAGUGUUUGUGGCCUGCUUUCUGAGCUUCGGCUCUGGAGCUUCCCUGGCAUCUCAUCAGCGCAUAAGAACCAGGCAAUGAUCGACCUCGGCGGCUAACUAACCAAGUAGUGUACGUUCAUGGCGCUGCAUUAAACGAUGAAAGCCAGCACCCAGUGAUUGAAGUCCCGCCAAAAUGGAGCUGUACUGGUAUAUAGUGGUUAUAGUGUUCAUCAUCAUCAAGAUCUUCUUCUAUGUGUGCUGGUACCGCUCGAGACAGAGGCAGCUGGCUGCAUACUUGAGCAACCCCCGCAAUGCCCAGAUAGUCAUCGUUGGAGGGAGGGCGUACCUCCAUCAAAUGUGCGAGCGACAGAGUCAAACCUCACUCUGGCCAAGUUGGUACGGCGUACCUGAUGACCUGUCACAAGAAGAGCCCUCCUUGGCGCUGCCACCUGCUGCAUCCUUCUCCCAUCUGGACAUGCCACCGCCAUAUGAUGCCGCCGUGUCCGAAGAGGACGAUCUGAAACCGCCUCCCUACAGCGAGUGUGCUCACGCCGUCGAAACUGAUGCGCCUCAACCCUCCAAUUGCACGCCUCUCAUCUCCGAAGGAGGCGACUCCCGUUGCUCCAGCGAGGCCCCGCCCCCUUAUUCGCAGUCUCCCCAGCCCCGUCCACAAGAAGGCCUUGUUAGCUGCACAGAGGCGCAUUCUGAGAACAUGCCUGUCUAAUUGAAUACCAGUUUGCCUUUUCCUCCAGAUAAACCUUUGCCCCACUGCUGGAGCUAGAGAGAGGACUGCGGGUGGCAUUGGGCUCCCCUGAAGUAUGCUUGGACCCUCCCCCCCAAGGUACCAGGCCAGACUUUUGGGUAUUUUCUGGGUAUUGCCACCCAUUCCCCGAAAGGAACAUAUUAGGAAUCCUAAUCAAUGGUUUCUGAAGAAUUAUUUGGUUUGUUUAAAAAAAUGUUUUGCGGACCCACUCAGAUAUCUUGAUGAGGUUUAAGUGUGAGUGGUUAAGGGCUUCUACUUUUUAGUUUUUCCCGAAAUACUGCAAAAUGAUAACGUACCAAAAAUAGUUUAGCAUCUUUUUAUAACGUACAUGAAUCUACCACAGGUUGGUCAGAUCAAUUUCUGUUAUCAUUACCAUAAGAUUUGGAUUUAGUUUCACUGCAUUUCAAAGUAAACUUUGCUUGAAGUUUUGCCUCUUAUUUUUUAUACACAUUUUCAGUUUAAAUGUAUUUGACGGUGGUGAAAUUGUCAUCAGUUAGUAUUGUGGUGACAAAUCAAUUGUGGUCUUUUUAAAAUGUAAAGGGAGGCAAUGUGCAAAAAUGUAGCUUAGAAUGCAGACGCAUGAUGUCUGAAUCUAUAUCCAAGCGUCGGUGAUCUAAUGUCUCUUCAUCCAGUUUACCUUCUUGCUUAUUUGGAAGACAUCUCAGUUCAAAUUACUCACCAGGUUGGGAUUUUUUGAGAGUUGGUUCUUAUUUCUUUUCACCACUUUUUGUGUGUGUGUGUGGGGGGUCAACUUGUGCAUUAAACUUGUUGAUAUUA